AUGUCUACCACUGUGACUUUUACUCAGACGCAGGUCAACCAAAACAACCACGGCUCCGGUCGGAUGCGUAUGGAUGGGACCGAUCAAAAAUUCGGUGAUUUCCGUGACGACCUAACUCGGGAUGGCUUUGCUGUUGUCAAAGGAGCCAUUGCCCGGGAGAAAGCUCUGACAUAUGCCGACGCGAUGUACUCCUGGCUAGAAGAUUUUCAGUUGGGUUUCGAUCGCAAUGACCCUGCCACGGUACACAAAGACAAACUUCCCAUGAUCAAUGAGAAAGGAAUGUGUCUCCACUAUGGUCUCUCCCAUGAGAGCUUUGUAUGGGAUGUUCGCAGCGAGCCAGGUGUGGUUGACGCAUUUGAGAAGAUCUAUGAUGAUGAAGACUUGAUUGUGUCUUUCGACGCGAUCAACUUCCAGUUUCCUAAUCGGACAGAUAUCGCUUCCAACAAGCCCUGGCCACACCAGGAUCAGGAUCCCAUGAAGCAUGGAUUCCGCUGCAUGCAAGGACUUGUCAACCUAUUGCCCAACGGACCGGAUGAUGGUGGCUUGAUCGUUUGUCGAGGCGGACAUCUCCUAUCCGAGCGAUUCCAUCAUGACAUGGCCGACGAAGCGCGUAUUACAGCUUGGACACCGGAGUGGUACGGCUUCACCGAGCGAGGCAUGAAGUGGCUGGAGGACCAUGGCUGCAAGUGGGAGAAAGUGUGUGCUGAGCCAGGCGAUCUGCUUCUGUGGGAUUCGCGCACUCCGCACUAUAACUUGAGUCCCAAGGAUCACCAGCCUCGAUUCGCUAUCUAUACUUGCUUCAUGCCCGUUGCCGACGCCACGCAGGGCGAUUUACUGCGAAAGAAGGAAGCCUUUGAACGUCGCGUUGGAACGACCCACUGGCCGAAUGCGAAACACACCGGGUCCAAUGUUGCUCAAAGAGAUGGAGUGGAUGAUCCUCAUAAUCGGGAUAGACCGGUGAAUGACCCUGUGCUAAGUGAGCGGGCGUACAAAUUGACUGGGAUCCCUUAUAUCAUGGAGCAGGCAUAA